AUUCAUUCCAACUUGGUAUCAGACGUCCCAGGUUUACCUUCAGCUAUUCCUUGUUUCUUUCUUCCUUCAAUGUCUUCUUCUAAGACCUCUUUUCACCCGGCCUUGGCCAUCUCAAAUAUCAAGAACUUCAUCCCUCUCACCCUUGAUCUCGAUAACGGUGACUAUGCUUCUUGGGCGGAAUUGUUCAAAAUUACCGCCCGGGCAUACGAAGUUCUUGACCAUAUAAUUCCCUCCACCGCAGCUCCUUCGUGUACGACGACGGAUUCCUCUCUCACUGAUGAACAAAGUGCUGCACUUUCCGCUACCCGAGCCGAGGCGGUCGCCUUAUGGCCCCGCCUAGAUGCCGUUGUUCUUCAAUGGAUUUACGGCACCAUAUCUCACGACCUCCUUCACACUAUCAUCGAGGUGGAUUCCACGGCUCAUGAUGCGUGGGAACGCCUCGCUGACCUCUUUCACGACAACAAGCAUGCACGGGCUUUGUAUUUGGAGAAUGAGUUCUCAAAUACGCGGCUAGAUCAGUUCCAAAACGUCUCUGCACAUUGCCGGCAUCUCAAAGACCUUUGCACCAAACUCAAAAAUGUGGGUGUUACCGUGGACAACGAUCGGCUUGUUUUGCGUAUGGUCAACGGCCUUUCAUCCAUUCCGGAUUACAAUAUGGUCGCCUCUCUCAUCCAACAACGGGAACCUCUGCCCGUGUUCUCUAAGGCCCAAUCUAUGGUUGUUCUCGAGGCAUCACGCCGCAAUCAGUCAUCUCCUGCCACUGCCUUGAUUCACUCCACCGCCGAUAUCACACCGCCCGUCCCAUCUCCUUCUCGUGGCGGCCGAGGGGGCUCACAUCGGGGUGGCGGUCGUGGGCGCUCCUCCUCUCAGCGCGGUGGUCGUGGACGGCAGGCUGGACGUGUGGAACCCACCCAUGCGCCCGGUCAGUGGCCUCAGCCUCUCCCCUGGGCUUACUGGUUGCACCCGCAGGCUUGGGCCGCCCCUCCAUGCCCCUAUCCAGGUAUGUCUUGGAAUGUUCUGCCCGGCUCACGUCCUCCUUCUGGAGCCGGUAUUUUGGGACCUCGCCCGCAGCAGGCUCAUAUGGCGGAAGCUACACCCACUGACUUGGCCGCGGCAAUGCAAACAAUGACCUUAUCUCCUCCAGGUGAACCAUGGUAUAUGGAUACGAGGGCUACGUCAAACAUGACGGCUAAUCCAGGACUUUCAGACGGGCAUUCCAAUCAUGCGGUCUAACAGACUUUCAGACGGGCAUUCCAAUCAUGCGGUCUAAUAGUACGAGCGACUUAUAUCCGCUUCACUCUUUUUCCCCGCACUCACAGCAGCAGUCCGCGUUCGUUACAGUCCCGGCCCAAGUUUGGCAUGACCGGCUCGGCCACCCCGGGUCUCCUGUUUCUAAAUUUCUUAGUUCAAAUAAAAUGUUACCAUGUAACAGACCCAUUUCCCAUUUAUGUAAUUCAUGUCAAAUAGGCAAACACAUUAAAUUGCCUUUUUCCUCUUCUGAAUCAUUUACUUCUCGCCCUUUUGAAAUAAUUCAUAGUGAUAUUUGGACUUCUCCUCUUAUUAGUACAUCUGGUCACAAAUACUAUGUUAUUUUCAUUGAUGAUUUCACCAAAUUUAUUUGGACAUUCCCCAUGCAAUAUAAAUCACAAACCUUCUCCAUUUUUUCUCAAUUUCAUUCUCUAAUUCACACUCAAUUUGAAUGUAAAAUUAAAAUACUUCAAUGCGAUAAUGGAAAAGAGUUUGACAAUUCUACAUUUCGAAAAUUUGGUGAACUUCAUGGCAUGCACUUUCG